AACUGUGACAAGUGUUAUGUGUAACAAUAACAUACAUAAUGUAAACAAACAUAACUGUUGUGACAACAGAAUAAAAGUAUCAAGCUGAGUAGAUCUAUCACAGAAUGACUGCAGGCUCACACUCAUGAGCAGGUUAGAAACGUACGGAAAAUUACUAUACAGCAGAAAAAGACCGUAGGAAACAUCACAAUGACUGAGAGACAAUACCGUGAACAAAAAUACAUAUUCAGGAAAGUGGAACUCUUCAAGAAUGAUACCCUUGGUACUGGCUCCUACGGGGCAGUGUGUAAAGCCAAGUGUGACCAGCUACUCUGUGCUGCCAAGCUACUCUAUCCAGUGCUCUUCCAAAUGAUUGCUCCCGAUCCUGGCAAAGAAUAUAGACAGCCAUUCAAAAGAUUCGAAUUCGAAUGCCAAUUUCUUAGUCGCAUCAACCACCCCAACAUUGUACAGUACCUAGGGACCCAUCGUGAUCCCGACACAAAUGCACCAGUUCUCCUCAUGGAGCUCAUGGAUGAGAGUCUGACACACUUCCUAGAGUCAUCACCUGGAAACAUUCCCUACCACAUCCAAGUCAACCUCUCCUCUGACAUAGCUCAAGCACUUGCCUUCCUCCACUCCAAUGGGAUCAUUCAUCGUGACCUCUCAAGCAACAAUGUUCUGUUGAUUGCAGGCACUCGAGCCAAAGUCACUGAUUUUGGAAUGUCCAAAUUUACAGACAUAAGUGCCACUCGGCUAGCCACAAUGACCACAUGCCCGGGAACACCAGCCUUUAUGUCUCCCGAGGCACUAAACGAACCACCAGUGUACACAGAGAAACUAGAUAACUUCUCAUUUGGUGUGUUGCUAGUUCAGAUCACAACUCGACACUUUCCAAAGCCAACAGAUCGAUUUGAAAGUGUUCUAAUUCCUAAUCCACGAGUUCCAGCCCAUACAAUUGAAGCUAAAUUGGCAAUCCCAGAACUGGACAGACGAAAAUCCCACAUCAGCCUGAUUGAGCCCACCCACCCUCUACUGCCGAUUGCCCAUCACUGCCUCAAAGACAGAGAUGUUGAACGACCAUCUUCCCAACAACUUUGCCACUCACUGGGUGUACUCACCAUGACAGCCAGGUACAAGGAGCGCUCACAACAAGACCCGAACCAGAUAAUCAGAGAAAAAGAAAAAAAUCUACAGCUUAUAAUUGCAGCUAAAGACCAGCAGAUACUUAUACAAGACACUAAAAUUGGUCAACUUGAUACAAAAUGUGGUCAAGUAACGCAAGAAAAUGAAACCCUUCAACACGAGGUUGAAAUCAGGGAGAAACAGCUGAGGAGACUCAACCAAGAGAUGCAAUUAAGUAAGGAGGACACUACUGUCUUUCGACAAACCAUUAAUCAACGAGACAGAGAACUGAGCGAAAUGAGGGGAGCUCUGGCAAGCAAGAAUGAGGAAGUUCAUGACCUAUCGACUCGAAUGCACCAAAUUGCAAUGCAAGACGAGAGACAAUCUCAAGCAGCAUUAAUGAAACCUGUUAAACUAGAGAGGUGGGAGUCACUACCUGAUGCACCCAUUGAUAUAUGGGAUGGACCAUCAGCCGUGAACGGAGACAAGGCGUACUUCAAGUCGUAUGGAAAGGACACGGUUCAUGAGUUCAGCAGCGAUCAGUGGCACGUGUUACCACGUUGCCCAAACAAAAUGUACACUAUUGUCAUCGUUGAUAAUAUUCUCACAACUGUGGGGGGGCGGUCAGACUCACAACGCUUUAGCAACAAACUCUACAGCUACAUUAACAACAAAUGGGUGAAACAUUUCCCUUCCAUGCCAACAAGACGAUGGAUGCCUGGAGCUGUGUACACUAUCAACAAACUUGUAGUGGCUGGUGGAUAUAAUGAUUUAAAUUGGUUAACUGCUGUUGAAAUACUUAACACUGUCUACAAACAAUGGUCUAGUGUUAGCUCACCACUACCUGUGCCAAUCGAACACCCAUCAGCAACUAUCUGUGGAGACUGUGUGUACAUACAUUCAAGAACUAGUGAUGAUCAAGAGAAGCAUUCAGUGUACAAACGCUCAUUAAGACAACUAACUCUGUCCGAGCCAAGCUCAGCUAUAUGGGAGAAGAUUGCCCCUUUGCCAGUUAUCUGGAGCGCCAUUGUUACCGUCAAUGGCCACCUGCUGGCAGUGGGUGGGGUGAACUCCAAUAGAGAUAAAACUAAGAACAUAUAUCAAUACAAUACGACAUCAUGGACAGUCGUUAGUCAAAUGUCAACACCUCGAUCGUUAUGCCUUCCUGGUGUUCUCCCUGGGAACAAACUGAUGGUGGUGGGAGGAUAUGGUGCGCUGAAAAAAUGUGAAGCAGUUACUUUUGUAUAGUGCUUAAUUAACUGGAUUUUUAUGCUUAACCGCAGGUGUGUCUGUUUGUGUCUCUGCUCACCUAUAGCUGCUAAAAGAGCUGCGUAUAUAUAGCAUCAAUAUAAUUGACAAAGCUUGGUCGUUGAAAAAAAUUCAACAAGGCUAAGAUCUUGCACAUUGGCUAUAGAGCUACGUAGCUAGCUAAUUAAUACGGAGAGAAAGUAGAUAUUUGCCCACAGAUAAUUAUAUUGUCUGAGUUAUUUUUUAUGGUACUUUAAUCACACGUUUACGAUAAUGGAUGUUUUAGAUGCAUGCAUGUCUACAUUGUGCGAAAACAACCAUCUGCUACAAUAAU